AUGGCCCGUUCGUCGUGGCUCUCUCCGAUUGCUAUUCAGUACUAUAGCGCCUUCUGCGGCAUUAUUUGCUCUAUCAUGUUCAUGCUGGCGUUUGUCGCAGCGGACUUCAUUUCUCCUAUCAAGCCAUGGUGGGAUGCCGAGCAAACGGCGCAUCACUAUCAGGCACACACAACCCGAGUGCGUGCCGGUGCUGCGAUUCUCGUCGUUUCCGGCAUGUUCUACCUGCCCUUCUCAGCCGUCAUCUCAAACCAGAUGCGCCGCAUCCCGAACCUGCACUACAUGGUGCAUCAGCUGCAACUAGCAUCCGCGGCUGCGGGUGUCUGGACCUUCAUCUUGCCGGGAAUUAUUCUGGCCGCGACGUCCUAUCGUCCUUACCGCCCUGUCGAGAUCACUCAAUCGAUGAACGACUUUUUCUGGAUCUGUGCGUUUAUGCCGUGGCCAACCUUCAUCGCGCAGAACUUUGCCUUCUCCUAUGCCAUUAUCGUUGACCCGCGCAAGAGGCCUUUAUUCCCUAAGGAGCUCGCCAUUGUUAAUAUCGUUGUGCCUAUCCUAUUUACCCCAGCGAUCGGCAUCCACUGCACCUACACCGGUUCCGUGGCCUACAAUGGCGCCAUGACCUUCUGGGUUCCCGGAGUUACCUUUUGUCUGCAGCUCGUCAUCGACGCGUGGUACUUGUUUCUGUCAAUUCGCGAUGAGUCAAGGACCGCCCAGGAGGAUGCUGAGUCUCCAGCAAAACUUUCAAAGGACUUGGAAAGUGGUAACUCCAACAACGAGCCGGUGGCUGCCCCUGCCCCUGCCGACACUGCAUGA